AUGGUUACCCCUUCCAAGAAGCGUUCUAGAGAUUCCGAAUCUCCAGAAGAACCUGUAGUAGAUGAGAUUGAAAGCAUAAAGAAAAAUGAAGCCACAAGUGAAGCAGACCAGACAACUUAUGUGGAAACUUUCGCAGAACUGAAUCUAUCCGAGCCAACUUUGAAAGCCAUUGAAAAAAUGGGGUUCACCACUAUGACCUCUGUUCAAUCCAGAACCAUCCCACCUCUUUUGGCUGGUAGAGAUGUUCUUGGGGCUGCUAAGACAGGUUCCGGUAAGACACUGGCCUUUCUUAUCCCCGCCAUUGAACUAUUACAUUCUUUGAAGUUCAAACCAAGAAACGGUACCGGUAUUAUUGUCAUUACCCCUACAAGAGAGUUGGCUUUGCAAAUUUUCGGUGUGGCAAGAGAGUUGAUGGAGUUCCAUUCUCAAACGUUCGGUAUUGUCAUCGGUGGUGCUAAUAGAAGACAGGAAGCCGAAAAAUUGAUGAAGGGUGUUAACAUGUUGAUUGCUACACCUGGCAGACUGUUGGAUCAUUUACAAAAUACAAAGGGUUUCGUGUUUAAGAAUUUGAAAGCUUUGAUUAUCGAUGAAGCUGACAGAAUCCUAGAAAUCGGGUUCGAAGAUGAAAUGAGACAGAUCAUUAAGAUCCUACCAAACGAAGACAGACAAUCUAUGCUAUUCUCUGCCACACAAACAACCAAAGUGGAGGAUUUGGCUAGAAUCUCCUUGAGACCAGGCCCUCUUUUCAUCAACGUUGUUCCUGAAACAGACAACUCCACCGCAGAUGGAUUGGAACAAGGCUACGUAGUGUGUGACAGUGACAAUAGAUUUUUGCUAUUAUUCUCCUUUUUGAAACGAAACCAAAAAAAGAAAAUUAUUGUUUUCUUAUCAUCGUGUAACUCUGUGAAGUACUACGCUGAAUUAUUAAACUAUAUCGAUUUGCCUGUUCUUGAACUACAUGGUAAGCAAAAGCAACAGAAGAGAACAAACACAUUCUUCGAAUUCUGUAAUGCAGAAAGAGGUAUCUUAAUCUGUACAGAUGUUGCAGCCAGAGGUCUAGAUAUCCCUGCUGUGGAUUGGAUCGUCCAAUUUGAUCCUCCUGAUGAUCCAAGAGAUUAUAUUCAUAGAGUAGGAAGAACCGCAAGAGGCACCAAGGGUAAGGGUAAAUCUUUAAUGUUCUUGACUCCUAAUGAGUUAGGGUUCUUGAGAUAUCUAAAGGCUUCCAAGGUCCCAUUGAAUGAGUACGAAUUCCCCACAAAUAAAAUUGCCAACGUUCAAUCGCAAUUAGAAAAAUUAAUUAAAUCCAAUUAUUAUCUACAUCAAACAGCUAAAGAUGGUUAUAGAUCGUAUUUACAAGCAUACGCUUCACAUUCUCUGAAAACUGUUUAUCAAAUCGAUAAGUUGGAUUUGGCUAAAGUAGCAAAGUCGUAUGGUUUCCCAGUUCCUCCAAAAGUUAACAUUACUAUUGGUGCCAGUGGAAAAACUCCAACGACCAAAAGACGUAAGGCUCACAAGUAA